CGUGUGACAAGGAGGGGGCAGCCCGGGGCGCUCCGGCCGUCCCUUAUAAGAGAGACCAUCUCAGGACCUUUUUGGCACAAGAGUCUCUGCGAAGCGGGCUGCGCACACGCGAGCGCCACGAGCCGCCGUCGGUUCCAAAGAGAAGGGAGGAGGGCCGGCCAGCCAUCGCGAGCCUUUUCUUCCCUCCCCGCGCCGAGCGCCAGCAAAGCCUCGAGCCCCGCCGCGCGCCUUUUCUCCCGCGGGCGGCCGCCCAAUGGCCAGCGGCAGCCCCGCCAAGAUGGACAGCGGUGCCAGCCAGCCGCCGCCUCCGCCGCCCUUCCUGCAGCCCGCCUGCUUCUUCGCUGCCGCCGUGGCCGCCUCCCAGAGCGCGCAGCAGCAGCAGCCCAGCCCAGGCUCUCCAGGGGCCGCCAAAGUGCCUGUUGCAAAGCAGCAGCAGCAGCACCAGCAGCAGGCAGGGGCCAAGCGGCCGCGCUCGUCGUCGCCGGAGCUGAUGCGCUGCAAGCGGCGCCUCAACUUCAGCGGCUUCGGCUACAGCCUCCCGCAGCAGCAGCCGGCGGCGGUGGCACGGCGCAACGAGCGCGAGCGGAACCGCGUCAAGCUGGUCAACCUGGGCUUCGCCACGCUGCGCGAGCACGUGCCCAACGGCGCCGCCAACAAGAAGAUGAGCAAGGUGGAGACGCUGCGCUCGGCCGUCGAGUACAUCCGCGCCCUGCAGCAGCUGCUCGACGAGCACGACGCCGUCAGCGCCGCCUUCCAGGCCGGCGUCCUCUCGCCCCGCUACCCCAGCGACAUGAACUCCAUGGCCGGCUCGCCCGUCUCCUCCUACUCGUCGGACGAAGCCUCCUACGACCCGCUCAGCCCCGAGGAGCAGGAGCUCCUGGACUUCACCAACUGGUUCUGAGAGGCCCUGCAGCAGGACUGCUUGCAAAACAGUUGCAUCUUGCUACUUUCCCCCCUUCCUGAUAUGGAAAGGAAAAGUCAUACAAUGAAAGCACAGGAGGAGGUUGACUGUCUCUCCACAAAACCGAAAGCACUCCCUGAUUCUGCCUUUGCACUCCAGGCCAUUCCAAGAGACCCAAGACUGCGAUCCUAUGCACUGUUACUGGCCUCAGUGAACACAGUGGGAAUUACUUUAAAGUAAACAUACAUAGGAGCAAGCUGUACGGUGAACUUAGAACCUACAGGGGGACCACAAUGUUAGGGGACAUCUAUAUGCUUGUUUUCAACCCCAUAAGCAAAACAGCACUGCCUAUUCCAUAUAAAUUUUCUACAUAGUAAUGAGCUUCCCUCCUUUUUGAAAUAAAUACAGUAUUCCCACGCUUCUUUGAAAGACUGGUUUGUUCAUUUGUGAACAGAAAUUGCAGCGUGACCUUGUUUACUCAGAACUAAGCCCCAUUGAGUUCAAUGGGAUUUGCUCUGAGGUAAGUGACUUUAGGAUUGCAGCCAUGAAGCCCAUUUCUAAUGAUGCUUACCAAAUUCAAUGGAACUUACUCUCAAGUAAGUAUCAUAGGAUUGUGGCUUUGGUUGCCUAAUGCUUGUGAAGAUUUUGAAAAUCAAAACUAUGCUAUAUUCAAAGAACCCUUUAAUGUGUCUCCCCUUUGUCUGCUUUUGACUCCCCCCCUACCGUUCCCCAUCAUAAAAUGCUUCCAGUUUUUCCUGUGAACUUUUUAUUAUAUUAAAAAAAUCUAUUUGUAUCAUUCCUAACUAAUUUUGGGGAUAUAUUAAGCUAUUUUUGUAUAUAAGAGAGAGAAAUUUAUAGACUUUUUUGUACAAAUGGUUUAAAAUGUGUAUAUCUUGAUAACUUUUUAAAAUAUGUAAUGCUUAUUACCUCUUCAUAUCUAGAUGCGUAGUCAACAUAACCUUGCAACUGCCAUGUUUUUGUUAUGUGGUUUUGUAAAGGACUUGGAAAAAUGCCUCCAGAAGUACUUUAGCACCAACGUGUCUUACUUUUUUAUAGAAACUUUGCUAAUGUAUUAAUAAUGUUAUUAAACAAUGUUCAAAGUGAACAAAGUUUAUGCAGCUAUUGUCCAAACGCAAAAUGGUAGCUAUUUAUUUUACAAGCUGCUGCCUUUUGAAGAAGAAAAAACUUUUGACACUGCCUUUUCAUGCUGUUUUAUUACAAACUUACAAAAAAAAUCCUGUAUAAUUGUGUUUUAUACAAACUAGUUUGGUAAUAAAACUUUUGUUUCAUUUCAAA